AUGUAUCAAGUAUCAAACAGCUUAUUAGCGAAUAGAGAACUCUUAGAAAAAUAGUAAUGGGUUAAAAAGUUACAAGAGGAAAAUAUUUAGGACUUUUAGAUCAAUUUAUUUAGAGUUUGGUGUAUGGAUAUAAGCAAUGAUUUAAGUUUAAUGGCUAUUGGUGGUAUUAGUUCGAAUCACACUGUUUUUAUUUAUAAUCAACCUAACAUGACCUUAUGUAAUCAAAUGUAAGCCACUUCUCAUUAAGUUUACCUGUUAUAAUUCUCUUAACGUGAUAAAUAUUUAUGUGCUGGUUGUUACGGGUAAUAAAUACUUUUAUGGAAUGUAGAUGAUAUUAAGCAAAUUUAAAACGCAUAAUAUAGACGGGUUAUUAAAACAGAAUUUGGGGUAAUUGCAAGAAUCUUAUUUUUCAAUAAUGAGAAGUAACUAUGUUUUUAGGGAUUAUCUCACUUAUUUACAAUUAAUUUGGAGGCAAACAAUUAAGCAAAGAUUAUAAAAAUAAAUCAUAAGCCAUCAUCAUUUGAUAUUACUCAAUCCAAACUCUAUGAGGUUGGAAAAAGCAGCAUCAUUUAUAUAAGAGAUAUCUUUAGAGAGAAAAUUUUAAGAUUUAUAUGUUGUAACCAUUCUUAGUUUGAUGAAAUUGUUGUAUCAAGAAAAAGCCAUUUUAUAGUUGUAUCCAGCUAGCAGAAUAUAUAUUACUUUAACACUAUAAAUGGAAAACUUAUUCGAAAAGGCAGAACUAAUGGAAGAGUUCAAUCGAUGAAGCUAGCUUCGGAUAACAAAUUGUUGAUAUUUUUUAGCACUUAGCCGUCUGAACAGUUUGACAAAUUAUACUUUUUUAAUUUGGAGACAGGCCAGCUGUUAUUAAUUUAUGCAACUUAAAUUUCUCAACCCACGUUUAUAUAUAAGAUGAUGCCAAAAAAAUUUAUUUUUGGUAAAAUUAAUUCAAUUGAAAUAUGGAACUUAUGA